AUGACCACUUCCGCCAGCCCUUUUCACGCCGCGACGGCUGAGAAUGCGACCGAGGACGACCCCGCGACCGCCUCCGACGCAUUUUUCUAUACCCAGGAUGACUCCGACCCCUCGGCCAAUGUGCCCGAGAUCUCCGGUGACCCCGAUGCAGAUGAUAUCGACCCAAAGCAGGCCAAGGAGCCUCUGCCGAUGCAGAAGAGGCGACGAGUGACUCGGGCUUGUGAUGAAUGUCGUCGAAAAAAGAUCAAGUGCGAUGGCAAACAACCGUGCACCCAUUGCACGGUCUACAGCUAUGAAUGCACUUACGACCAACCCUCCAAUCGUCGCCGCAACCCCGCCCCUCAAUAUGUCGAGGCGCUCGAGAACCGCCUCCACAAGGCCGAAGCUCUCCUUCGCGUCGUACUCCCCGAUAUUAAUCUCGAUGACCCUCGAUUCGAUGUACACGCGACGCAACAAAUGCUGGCGACGGUCAAGCGAGAGAAACUUCCGCAGCAGCCGCAGCAGCCGCAGGAACCCGCACCCCAAUUUCCACCCUCUCAACCCCAAACUCUCCCUCCGGCCCACGUUAACUCUAGACCGACUGUAGCCGCGGCCGGCCCGGCGGAUGCGGCGCCGGAGCAUGGAGGAUGUGAGGAGUCUUUGCUGGAGUCAAUGGUCGAUAAUUCGGGGUUCUUGGACUUGGAUGACCAAGGUCAUUGGGAUUACCACGGACACACUUCCGGUGUCAUUUUCAUCCGUCGAUUGCGGAAGCAGUUGGGUGCUGCGGACAUCUCGGCGCCUACGCUCCGGUCGCGCUCGAUCACGCAGCAGAUGCUAGACAGUCCCAAAUCUGCGUCGGAAUCGCCGCAGGACGCAACGUUGCCUCCCACGCAUGAUCUACCGCCACGCGAUGUCGCACGGCGUCUGUGUUACAAUGCAUUGGAAGACGGAUGUUCCUUGAUGCGAUUUGUCCACGAGCCUUCGUUCUUUGCGACCUUCGAGCGGGUUUACGACACCCCUCCCGAACAGUAUUCCAACGAAGAGAAUUCGUUCUUGCCGCUUCUAUAUAUCGUGAUGUCCGUCGGUUGUUUGUUUUCGGAUGAUAGGACUGGUCCCCUGGAUCUUUCCGGCUAUGAGAGUGCGAUUGGCCAAGGAUUUCAAUUCUUCAAAGCUGGUCGCCAGCUCUUGGAAAUCACCGACUGUCGCGACCUCACCUCCCUACAGGCGAUCUGCUUCAUGGUGCUCUUCCUCCAGUCUUCUGCCAAAUUGAGUACAUGCUAUUCUUAUGUCGGUAUUGCGCUUCGCUCCGCUUUGCGAUUGGGACUUCAUCGCUCCGCAGUGACGGCCCAUUUUAACCCCCUAGAGCGAGAGCUGCGCAAGCGCAUUUUCUGGGUCGUCCGGAAGAUGGAUGUCUACGUGAGCACGAUGCUGGGGCUGCCUCAGAUGUUGAGCGACGACGACAUCGACCAGGAAUAUCCUGCCUCUAUCGAUGGAGACUUCAUCACCCAGGACGGCGUUCUGCCCGCGCCUAAGGACUAUACGCCUCUUAUGGCCGGGGCUAAUGCGCAUACGCGCCUGUCCAACAUCAUCCUGAAAGUGGUGAAAUAUAUAUACCCAGUCAAGAAUGCCCAGCACCGUUCCGAGUCUGAUCAGCGCUACGUCGUGAGCCACUCGAAAAUUCGUGAGAUCGAACGCGAUCUCCAGGCGUGGAUGGAAGAACUGCCCGCAGCUCUUCGACCGGGGACGGAGGUCUCCCCUCAACUAGAGCGUGUACGACAACUGUUGCGAAUUAGCUAUGCACACGUACAAGUCGUCAUGUAUCGACCCUUCUUGCAUUACGUCUCGAGCGGCUCGCAGGCGCGCGGCGUGGACCGACGCUCAUAUGCCUGUGCCGCCGCUUGCGUGAGUGUCUCUCGGAACAUCGUUCACAUCACUACCGGCAUGCAUAAAAGAGGACUGCUCAACGGAUCCUUCUGGUUCACCAUGUACACCACCUAUUUCGCCAUCCUCUCGUUGCUUUUCUUCGUGCUUGAAAACCCUGAUUCGCCAACGGCGAAGGAUGGAGUCCUCAAAGAUGCGAUGGAAGGCAAGAACACACUUGCCGGGCUGGCGAAGAAGAGUAUGGCAGCGGACCGAUGCUCGCAGAGCCUGAAUUCUCUGUUCAAGAAUUUGCCGGAACUGUUGAAGAAUCGGCAGACCACAGCAAACCCGGUCAACCUGAAGCGACCCGCCCCGGCGAGCAACAAUGAAGUCAACAGUAAUACCAACAGCACCUCGCCUCUGUUCGAAAAGCAACCGCCCCAACGGUCAAGCACUUUCCCCAUCCAAUUGCUUAAUCGGGGAUCCAAAGAAGCCAGCAAUACGCCCAAGAGUCUGGACGACAGCAGUUCAGGCCACCGACGCUCGCCCUCGAAUGCCCGUCUUAAUCAUGCCUCGACCUGGUUCGCGUCCACGCCCGAAGGGGCCUCGGAACCCGUGUCGACCCCAUCGGAUACUUACCCGGUGAGCGAGCCCGUGGGCGCCUCAUCCAACACGGCAUCACCGAUGCCUAUGUCAUUGCCGAUGCGAGACGCAUCCGCCACUCAGUAUGCCUCGCACCCCUUUAACACCAACGCGGCGAAUCUGCCUGAUCUUAUGGGCAUCAUGUUCCCGUCCGACGACCCGUUCGCCUACCCCACGCAACCCAUGUCCACGCUGGAAGAUGGUCAUUUCCGACAGGACGGUGGUGCUCCAUUCGGCGUGAACCCGGCGUCGCAACAGUCUGCCAUCUCAUCUGGUCCUGAAACCAUGGGAGUGUCGACGCCGAAUCUGGAUAACUUCGCCAAUUUCCCCCUCUUCCCCAACGGCACCCCGACGCCGAUGCACGCGACCUUACCCACCCGGCUCGCCAACCCGUCCCAUAUCAGCCAGUCACGACUACAGUCGCCCGUCUCACAUGGAUCAACGCCAGGGGCCACUGGCGAAGCCGUCAACAGCCCAGAUCUGGUGUCGCUUCCCAACAACAAUUACAUGUGGCAGGGCUACAACUUCCAGCCCCAGGACUUCCAACAAGGCGUGUCCGCACAGCCGGCUAUGCCGUCAGGCCAGGCGCCUGAUCUCGGAAUGGGUCUCGACGACCCCAACUCGCUAGGAAUGGGCAUCGAUCUAGGGAUCUCCCUAGAUGACAUCUUCGGGAACGGCGACGCGACUCGAGGCGGACUGCCGAUUGACGAUUGGACACAAUGGAAUCCGAGUGGUUAG